AGAAGACUACUUGGGUUCAUGGUCUCUAAUAUUUCAGACAGGAGCUCCCUUUAGUGAGUCCUUCUUUUCCUGACUGCAGCUCAUUUCAUUUUGCCAUCCUUUUCCAGCUCCAUGAUGGUUCUGCAGGUUUCUGGGACCCCCCAGACAGUGGGUCUGAUGGCGUUACUGAUGGUGCUGCUCACAUCUGUGGUCCAGGGCAGGGCCACUCCAGAGAAUUACCUGUUCCAGUUACGGCAGGAAUGCUAUGCGUUUAAUGGGACACAGCGCUACCUGGAGAGAUACCUCUACAACCGGGAGGAGUUCGUGCGCUUCGACAGCGACGUGGGGGAGUUCCGGGCGGUGACGGAGCUGGGGCGGCCUGAUGCGGAAUACUGGAACAGCCAGAAGGACAUCCUGGAGGAGAGGCGGGCAGUGGUGGACACGAUGUGCAGACACAACUACGAGCUGGACGAGGCCGUGACCCUGCAGCGCCGAGUCCAGCCGAGGGUGAAUGUUUCCCCCUCCAAGAAGGGUCCCUUACAGCACCACAACCUGCUCGUCUGCCACGUGACAGAUUUCUACCCAGGCAGCAUUCAAGUCCGAUGGUUCCUGAAUGGACAGGAGGAAACAGCUGGGGUCGUGUCCACCAACCUCAUCCGUAAUGGAGACUGGACCUUCCAGAUCCUGGUGAUGCUGGAAAUGACCCCCCAGCAGGGAGACGUCUACACCUGCCAAGUGGAGCACCCCAGCCUAGACAGUCCUGUCACUAUGGAGUGGAAGGCACAGUCUGAUUCUGCCCGGAGUAAGACGCUGACGGGAGUCGGGGGCUUCGUGCUGGGGCUCAUCACCUGUGGAGUGGGCAUCUUCAUGCACAGGAGGAGCGAGAAAGUUCAACGAGGAUCUGUAUAAACAGGGUUCCUGACCUCACCGAAAAGACUAAUGUGCCUUAGAACAAGCAUUUGCUGUUUCGUUAGCACCUGGUUCCAGGACAGACCUCCAGCUUCCCAAGAGGAUACUGCUGCCAAGAAGUUGCUCUGAAGUCAGUUUCUAUCGUUUUGCUCUUUGAUCCAAAGUACUGUUUCUCUCACUGGGCCUCCAACCAUGUUCCCUUCUUCUUAGCACCACAGAUAAUCAAAAUCCAACAUGAGUGUUUGCUUUCCUUUAAAAAUAUGCAUCAAAUCAUCUCUUGUCACUUUUCUAUGAGGGUUUUAGUAAACAGUAGAAGUUAAUAAAGAAGUUCAUUUCGGUUUACAUGUAGGAAAGAAGAGAACCAUGAAAAUGGGGAUAUGUUAACUAUUGUAUAAUGAGGACUGUUAGACGUGGCGCUCUUCUGAAUUGACUGUAUUUCAGUGAACUGCCCCCAAAUCGAGUUUAGUGCCUUCAUCCAUUUAGGUCUCAGACCACUAUUCUUAGCUAUUCCAUGGUGAACAGACUGCAAAUCUGCCUGAUAGGACCCAUAUUCACACAGCUCUGAUCCAACAUAUAACUUACUAAGAGGAUGUUUUAUCAUUACUAUUAAGAAGUUAAAUUAAUAUCAGAAUUUAAAAUUAUAAAUUUUAUAAGUCUAAUACACUUUAACCAUUUUCUUUGCAUGCCAUCACAAAUACUACUUAACCAAAUAUGACUUGGCCUUUCGAAUGCAUUCAGUAGACGUCAUUUGUCGUCUAAGUUUGCAUUCAUCCACCAGCCUAGACCUCCUGUCUUCAUUUUCAUACAGACAGAAAUGCCUCCGCACUAGGGAAAGAGCAAAGAAAUACGUGUAGCACUUUUCUUCAAACACUGGCCUCUUUGGUUUUUUUUAACAAUCCAACAUUGUUGUGUUUUGCGUCUCGUAUUGACACCUUUCAGUCAAGGUAGAGGACAUGUUUGUUGUAAACUUUCUUUUUUGUGUAGAGGAUGAAUUCUUCACUCCUGAUACACAUAAGCAGUGCACAGCAGCUCUCUGAUACGUCCAAUUGAUGCCUUCAAUCUCCCUGGCUUCUUACAAGCAUCUUCUGGGCCUUGUGUGUCCCUAGUCAAUUCGCAAAAACUACUGUGCUCCUCUUGCCCACCUCCCCUUGCAAAUAAUAUCCACCAUAUGGGGACCGGCUGCCUCCAAUUCCAAGAGAGGUGGGGCUGAAGGUACAGACUUGGGCUUCACUGGCACAGAUACAAGUAAAUAUAGCUGGAGUCUGCAGAGAGGAUGGACUAAGUGAGGGAGUCAGGAAAGAGAAGCCACCCAUAAGGAUAACAAAUUAUGUCUCAUAAUCCUCUUAACCUAGGGAAUAGGACAAAAUCAUUUUUUCUUUUUAAAACAUCCUUAUGCCUGCUCAGCCUCAUUUCCUCAAAAACUAUAAAGGAAAAUGCUACUGA